AUGUCUACUGCAGAAGUGGCAACGAAACCAUCUGUGCCUUCUAAACCAGCAGCUAAACAAAUUCUGAAUUACACCAAAGAAAAGAAAGUAGGGGAAGGUACAUAUGCUGUUGUGUAUUUGGGCAAACAAAUUUCCACCAAACGUCAAAUUGCCAUUAAAGAAAUCAAAACAGGAUUAUUCAAAGAUGGGUUGGAUAUGUCGGCGUUAAGAGAAGUUAAAUAUUUGCAAGAAUUGAAACAUCCCAACGUCAUUGAAUUAAUAGAUGUAUUUUCAGCAACAAAUAAUUUAAACUUGGUAUUGGAGUUUCUACCUUGUGAUUUGGAAGUUUUAAUUAAAGAUAAAUCGAUUGUUUUCAAAUCAGCCGAUAUCAAGUCGUGGCUUUUAAUGACAUUACGUGGGAUCCAUCAUUGUCAUCGGAAUUUCAUUUUACAUCGUGAUUUGAAACCAAAUAAUUUAUUAUUGGCACCUGAUGGACAAUUGAAAAUAGCAGAUUUUGGUCUUGCACGAGCAUUGGUAAAUCCUAACGAGGAUUUGUCAUCGAAUGUUGUUACUAGAUGGUAUAGGGCUCCAGAAUUAUUAUUUGGUGCUCGACAUUAUACUGGAGCAGUUGAUAUUUGGUCAAUAGGGAUAAUAUUCGCUGAAUUAAUGCUUCGAAUACCAUAUUUGGCAGGUAAAGAUGAUGUUGAUCAAUUAGAUGUUACAUUCAGAGCCUAUGGAACACCCACAGAACAAAUAUGGCCAAACGUUUCCAGCUUGCCAAUGUAUAAUGCCCUUCAUGUGUAUCCACCACCUUCAAGACAAGAAUUGCGUAAUAGGUUUAGUGCUGCCACGGAAAAAGCCCUUGAUUUGUUGAUAUCGAUGACCCAAUUGGAUCCAAGUAGAAGAUGUGAUUCUACGCAGGCGUUGUUGCAUGAAUAUUUCACAGAAUCACCACGUCCAACUGACCCAAAAAAAUUACCGAAAAGGUCUUCCUCAGAGAAGAGAGAAAAUGAAGACGAACAGAAUAAUGGUUCUAAAAGAAGGCAUGUUUAG